GUGGCGGGGCCGGGCCGCCCGGACUCCUUCCGCCGCGGCCCCGCCCUCCUCCACGGGCGGGUCGCCGCCUGAGCCCCGGGGCGAGCGGUACUCAAAGAGCUACAGGCAUAUUUGCCUGCAAAAGCAGAACUAUGAACGUGUACCCGGGAAACGGUCAGAAUUGAAUUCUGGCUCCCUACGCGGAUAUUUAGAUAGUUAUGAAAGUCCCACCUCGCCACCUCUAAUUGCAACUGGGAUUACGAUUAGGGAUGUGGUACUGGAAAGAUGAAACCAGAAGUCUUGAAUUCAGAAGUUUUUCAUCUGCAGUAGAUCUCAGGGAAAGAGGAAGAGGCAAAACAGUUCACUUUGCUGAAAUUGAUGGUCCAGCUUCAGACAGGUUGACAGAUAAAAGGCUUGCUUCAAGAGACGAUAAAUCACCUAAAGCCUUAGAGAAACGAGGUCAGCAAGGCAACGUUACACUGCAUGAUGCUAAAUUUGUUGCUUUGCUUUUGCUACAAGAUACUGAGAUGCAGAGGAUCUGUUCUUUUACAACGUUUAUGAGGAAUAAGAAUCUUGACAAUUUCCUCAUGGCAUUAUUGUACUAUUUAUCUCAUUACUUGGAAAAAAACUCACUGGAAAAGAAACCCAAAAGUUAUAUGGUGGGCCUUGUGGAGAAAAAAGAGAUGGAAUUGGUUCUAAGGAAGUUGGAGGCAGCACAGAAAUACUUGGCGGAGAAGUACUGCGUCCUCGUCCUGGGCCUGGGCAUGCCGGACAAGCACCACAUGUGCUGCGGGAAGGAGAAAAUAUCAGAUACGCAAAAAGACUGGAAGUUCUUUGAGUCCUUUUUCACUUUCUGUACAUAUGUAGCUUGGAUUGUCUUCCGACGUCAGCACUUCGUAGAGAUUGAGGAAGAAAUAGGGAGGCUCUUUCGUACCAGUAUGUUCAACAUCCCUCGAAGGAAGCGAGAGGAAGAAGAAUCAGGAGGGGAAAAGAAACGCAUGACCUUUGUACAAUUCAGGAGAAUGAUGGCAAAGCGCCCAGCGAUUAAAAAAGCCAUUAACAUGCGCUCUCCAGUCAUGUCAACUCUGCUGCCAUCUCUCAGAGAAAAAGCUCAGAGUAUCUUUGAGAAAAAGUAUCAUCAAGGAAGCAUCAAACUCCCAGCCCAGAUGCAGGAGCACAUGGACAGUCUGGACUCUGUGCCCAUGCCAGUAGUUGGCAUCCUGGGGGAGCCUCGAUGUCUGUUCAAUCCCCAUACUCUUCUCCCCCUUGAACCAGAAGAAAACAUGAAACCAUCUGGGAGACAUCCUUCCCUGGUAGAAAGAAAUAACAUGAAGAUUCAGGAUACACUGGACUUAGUCAUGAGAGCACUAUCCUUUCAAACAACAUUCCCGAAACAAUCUGGCACAUUCCAUUUCUGGAACUAAGUCUCUGUGUUUGAAGUAAACUACUUUGACUUAAUCACUUUAUGUAGGACUAAUAUUUGUUGUUAUUAAACUUUUAAAAUUGUUGAAAUCACUUUGCUAAAAGUUCAACAAUAGACUAUUAAAGAAUUCCAGAAAUCUCUUGAAAAGCUCAUUUUCCUGUAUUUAAUAGUUUGCUUUGCUCUUUACUUACUUCCUGGGCUUCUCUGUGACUAUUUACAGUAAUGUAUUAAAACUUUUAGCCAAUGUUCUAGUGCACUAGUGAAAAAACAUUCUGUUUAUUCAUUUCUAAGUUCAUUUUUGCUUUAUGAGAGAGUAUCUUUGCCACAUUUGAAAACAAAAUUUCAUAAAGAGGCAAAUUAGAAUGUUUUUAACAUUAAAUCUCUUUCUAUGGCUAUAUUAUUGUUGGCACUGGGAUAUAAAGUGUAUCUGACUUAUUUAAAA